CUAUAACCUUGUGUGAUAUGUUUAUCACCUCGUUUUAUCAUAAGUGUGUCGUCUUGUUACGUAGUCACUAAAGAUUGUAGGAAAAGGACUUCUUAUAAGUUGUUCAACUUGUGUCCUAUCCCAUUACUAAUUGUAUUGGCAAUACGAUAUUUUAAAUAAAAAAGAUAAGUUACCCGGUUCAAACUUAAAGAAAAUGUGAGGUUGUUUUGAUUUAAACUAGAAAGACAUCGCGGAUGUCGUCGAUGAAGCGGAAGACACUUACCCUUCCGCAACACCUGGUCUUAUUCUUGUACUUUAACAAUGGCCUCCGUGUAAAUACUUCGUUUGUUAUUAUUUUUGCGCUAGACUUGCACUUCGUUACUCUCUUGUCCUGCUUUACAGGGUUGACCGACACCAAUCCGUGGUACUUCAAAUUCAACUGGGUAGUUCUAAACGUUGCCAAUACUAGCGGCAUCACCGUGACCCUCCUCUACUGGGGCCUCCUCUACAGCAGUUCAGAGAAUAUGACUGCCGUAAACAUUGAGACGCACGCCCUGAAUGCCGUCUACGUCAUUCUGAACCUGUUCGUCACCGGUCUUCCCGUCAGGAUCCUACACUUUUGGCAUUCGAUGGUGUACGCCUUUGUGUACGUGCUGUUCUCUCUUUUCUACACGCUAGGGGGCGGCACCAACGAAGCAAACAAGAACUAUGUCUAUUCGGUUCUGGAUUGGAAGGGUAGCACUGGGUUCACCGUGGGUAUUUCUAUCGCCGUCAUCUUUGUCGCCAUGCCGUUAGUCCAUUGUGUGUGUUAUGGUAUUUACAGACUACGUCGGGCUAUCUGUUGUCAUGGCGACGGACACAUGAUCGACAGUAAGGAGGUCGAGUUAGCGUACCGAGAUAAUCCGUCCUACACCGCAGAUAAAGACGCCAGUUGAACAUAUACAGUAGACAUGAAAAUGUACACCCUUAGUAACACGUUAUAUACUUGAUUAUUGCACAGGCACAGUGACUGUCUAAAACAUGUAUAGCCUGCACUGUACCUCCCUCAGGGAAAUUAUUUCUAGAUCAGGAAAACCAGGGACGUAUAAUGGAGUCUAUAUACUGUCCCUGGGAAAACACACGAUCAAGAAAUAACGCUAACAUUAAUGAAUUAGAACGAACACAUCCUUAAAUUAUAUUCACGAGUUACACGGUAUGCUCUUAAAUACGGACAAAUAUUUAUACAAAACGCUUCGUGUUCCAAAUAACUAUAUUGCUUAUUCUAUCCAACCAGAACUACAAGUAUUUUAUCAUAUUCGCCAUAUUUGUUUUAAAAUUUUGUUGACAUUUAAAGGAUAACAUUUAUGUAAUCGUAAAGUGGGUCUAUGUUUGUCAGUAGGUUUUUUGGUUGCAAAUACACGCUUACUGGUGACGCGGAGCAUACACGCUUACUGGUGACGCGGAGCGAGUUAAUGAAAUGGAUAUUCACGACCGUAAAGACCACGCGUUACGUUACGUUUACCUUAUUGAAUCAUAUAUUAUGUGAUAAUUUUUUUUUACAUAUCCUUGGUUUUUUUUAUUCCAAACAAGACUAAAUACUAGGUCAACGAUAUCAUAGAUGAAACCAUCCGCCUCCUAGAUAUAUUUCGUUCGUACAAGUUUUAAAUUUAGCGUGGUAUUUCAGUUUGCGGAGAAAUUACCUUUGCUUAACUGCCGUUUAAUUAUGUCUAUAUUGUUGUUAAAAUACCGGCACACAUAUUAUGUGUAAAGAUCUAUGACAAGUAAAGCGCAUGUAAACUAUGGUGUUUUAAAAGAUGACCCUUAAAUGUUUAGUACCUGGACAAAUGUAAUAGUGGCUUAUUUCCUUCUAUAAAUAUCACAAGACCACAGACUUUAGUUAGUCUUAUUUAUUCCAGUUGGACAUUCAAUUCAACUCUGUAACAAAUAAUAAAGCAAACAUAAAUACACUGUCAAGCUAACCAUACAUUCACAACUCACAUGCACAAAGGGAGAUAACUCUUGCAAGGACAAAGUAAUCGGAACAAUACGUUACGCUAUUACAAUUACGAAGAUCUACAAUAACAGUUAUAAGUAAAAAACAAAAAACAAAAACAAAAACAAAAAACAAAAACAAAACAGUUAUCUUUACAUUUCAUAUAUAUUUAAUUCUACAAUAUUUCAGAUACAGGGUAGUCAUACUUGAGAUCCCUGGCCAGCUACGGAGCGCAACCGUGCAUGACGCACGCACGUCUACCGGUAUAGGUACA